AUGGAUGCUAUUUAUGUUAAUUCAGUUGUUAACAGGGGUGUAGCUUAUGUACUAAAAAUGGAUGUUUAUAAUUUGAUAUCAUUGAAUGGAAAUUGGAUGAGUUAUAAAACAAAUGUGAAACUAUAUGUGGUGACGGAAUUAUAAUGGAAAAUUAUGAAGAAUGUGAUGAUUUAAUUGAUAAAAAGGGGUUCUAAUUUAGAUAUAAUUGUUAAGAGUUGUGCUUAAUUUGCCAAAAUUGUAAUUGUCUACAUUGUAAAGAAGGAUGGCUUGUAAAUUUGGAUAAGUAGUGUUAUUUCUUCUUUGGAGAUUCUAAAGUUGUUGGUGAAGAAAAAUGUGAUGACUAUUAUUCCAUAAUGUAUGACGGUUCUAUCUUUCACAAUAUUAAUGCUAUUAAUCAUGUUGGAGUGCAUUUUUGAAGUUGUACUAAUUGUGAGCAUGGAUAUUACAAUCUAGGGUGAAAAUGCCUUGAAAUCUUAAAGAAUGGACAUAAAAAAUGGAAUGAACAACUCGAUGAUAAGCACAAGAUGGUUGUUUUAAUGGUAUGUAGGAUUGUCACAACUUAAUACUAUAAAUAAUUAAUGAUCUCGGACUCUGGAGAUAGUUAUUUAUCAGACUAUGAAGAGUGUGAUGAUGGAAAUAUUAUUCUAUAUUAUGGAUGUCAUUUAUGUGUAUUAUAAUGUAAUUAUUAUUGUCAAAUUUGUUAAUUUGGAGCAAGAUUUGAAUGUUCAAUAGUUUAUUCCUUAAAUAAAUCCAAAAAUAGCUUCAAUAGUAUUUUUGGAGUCGAAAUUCUAAAGCAUGAUGAAUAAUGCCACAAUCGUGAUUUAGGUUCUAAUGAAGUAUGUCUGAGCUGUAAAUUAGACUGUAAUGAAUUAUGUACUACGUGCAUUGAUGUACAAUGUUAUGAAUGCACUUCAUUUGGAUGGAAAUUAGAUUUAUUCAAUAUGAAUUGUUAUUAUUGGAUUUUUUUUAUUAAUUUUGGUCAGUUAUUGUUAAUUUAGAUUAAUUCAAAAUAUAAAUUGCAACAACAUACUUGUGGAGACUUAUUGGUUGUAUAGAAUGAAUAAUAUGAAGAUGGAAUUAUGAUGCUGAUGGGUGCAUUGACUGCUAUAUUCGAUGUUAAGACCAACUCACAUUAUGUCAAUUGGGUUUUUGUCAAGAAUUUAAUGUUAAAAGAUGGUAACUUAUUGAUGCAACAUGUAUAUCAAUAUGUGGAGAUAAAUUAGUCUUAGGGUUAGAAGAAUGUGAUGAUGGCAAUUAGCUUCCAUAUGAUGGUUGGUAUGAAUGCAAAUUUUAAUUUUCAGAGAAUAAUGUACUGAAUGUUAGAAUGGUGUUUGCAAAGCCUUUAUUACUCCAGGGUGAGUUCUUGAUCAAUAAAACCGUUGCAUUACUUUAUGUGGAUAUGGGAUCAUUGUUGACCCUUUUGAAUAGUGUGAAGAUGGAAAUGAUAAUCCAAGGAACAGUUGUUAUUUGUGCGAAUUUCAAUGUUUAAAAAAGGUUGAAUUGA